AUGGACAUAGCUGACUGUGAAGGUGUUGAAGCAAAUACCGUUGCAGUAAAUGCGGGAAAUGACAAAAUAAAAAUGUACGUGGUUAUUUACAAUAUAGGUAAAAAGAAAAAUGUUGGAAGCAUUAUAAGAAGCUGUGUUGCUUUUAAUGUUAAUAAAAUAUUUUUGGUUGGUCGAAGAAAAAAUGAAAUUAAUUUUUUUGGAAACAUGGGGACGUACAAAUAUAUAAGAAUUGAACAUUUUAAUAGUAUGACAGAAUUAAAAAAUUAUUUAAAUGAUAAUAAUAUAUUAUUAUAUGGUUGUGAAAUAACAUCUGACUCUGUUUCAGUUACUACCAAACCGUUUCUUAAAAAAGAUACAGCGUUUAUAUUUGGAAAUGAAGGCACAGGCAUUGAAGACAGUAUUUUGAAUUUAUGCGAUAAAAUUAUAUAUAUUCCUCAGUAUGGAAAUGGAACAGCUUCUUUGAACGUAUCCGUUUCAUGUUCAAUAAUUUUACAUAAUUUUGCUGUUUGGGCAAAUUACAAAGAAUUGAAAGUAAAAGAUAAAAAAUUUAUUUUUGAAAAAUGUAAAAGUAAACUAGAUAGGUAUUUACAUCCUUCAGACCAUUUACUAAAAGAAAUAAAUGAUAAAAGAAGCACCCGAGCUGAGAAGAAAAAGAAAAACAACAACAACAAUACAAAUAAUUUUUAUUUGAAUGACUUUACCGGACUGAGCACUUUAUUGUGA